AUGGUCAAGUUGUCAGCUCGUCUGAGCAGCUCGGGCACCAUGAUCGCAGCUCUCUCUUUGCUCGUGGCAUUCCCGCUCUCCGUAUGCGUUCCCACUCACGACACCUGCUUGUUGGCGGCAGGAAAAUCGGCAGCCAACAGUACCAUUGUCAGUCGUGCCGAUACCGACAAGACAGAUGAAUGGUUUCCUUUCCCACCCACAGCCUUUCAGCUUACCGACCCACAAAUCGACCAGCUUUCUGCAACCGAUAAGCAGAAAGGCAGGCUACGACGUGCGCAACAGGGUCUGAGGAUGUACCGUCAGAUGCAAGCCCAAACGCCGACUCCGCCUACGCGCUUCGUGCCUGGGUACCCCAUGACUUCGAACACUUGGCUCAAGGCCCAUGGUUGGGUUACCAGGGGCACAACAGAGGUUAAUGAUCUAGCUCGCAAUGGUCUCAACCCUGCAUUCCAGGGCUUGGGCAUACGCACUGGCCUUGAUGAUUGGAUCGAGAGCACCAUCACUCACGAAAGGGAGACUGUAGAUAAGGAGACUGGCCAGAUCUACCCACCGACUAGAGGCACCUACCAAAGCCUGUUCAACUUCAAAGAUGGUGUCAUCGUGAGCCUCGUCGCUUUCAGUCCUGAUGUUAUGGCCCUCAAAGAUGGGCACAGGGUUCCGGAAAAACAAAUUGUACCGCUCAAGACGUUCUCGGAUGUGGUAUUCUUGAAUUGGCGCGGUGUGAUGUCCCAUCACCAAGUGGACUACGACAAGUCACCGAAGAUUCAGCAUAUCUUCCAGCAUAACAUUGCCGAUCAAGGCACAAUCCAGGUUUUGAAGUCUGUGACUGGGAAGAAGACUGCGGCAGAAGUUGGCAAGUGGCCUGGCAUGAUGUUCGAAACCUGUUCGGCAAAGGGUUUCGUUCUGCUCAACACCCCUGACAUGUGGGGUCCGGCCUUGCUGUUGGCUCAGCACAAGCAAGGUGGACCACGAGUGAUUGACCGUAUGAAUGUGUUUGAUUGUGGCCUGACUGAAAGUGGAACGUGGUGUGUGUAUAUGCAUGUGGGUUCUGGCUGA